AAGGCAUAUGAAAUCUGCAACACCUCUCCUGCAUUAAUGAGGGUGCAGCACAGGACAAUAAUGAAUUUACAUGUUUGACAGCAGAAGUUGGCUUUCUACUGUAGUGAGAGAAAAUAUUUCUGGUUGUUUCAGAGGUGGCAGUGGAGCACACCUUUAGCACAGGAAAAUGAGCGAGCUUGACCAGUUACGCCAGGAGGCUGAGCAACUGAAAAACCAAAUCAGAGAUGCUAGGAAAGCAUGUGCAGAUGCCACCCUGGCUCAGAUCACAGCCAAUAUCGACCCAGUGGGGAGAAUCCAGAUGCGCACUAGGAGAACACUGCGGGGACACCUGGCCAAAAUUUAUGCAAUGCACUGGGGGACUGAUUCCAGGCUUCUAGUUAGUGCCUCCCAGGAUGGCAAACUUAUAAUUUGGGACAGCUAUACUACAAACAAGGUGCAUGCGAUUCCCCUGCGCUCCUCCUGGGUCAUGACUUGUGCAUAUGCUCCCUCUGGCAACUACGUGGCUUGUGGUGGGCUGGACAACAUCUGCUCCAUUUAUAACUUGAAAACUCGUGAAGGGAAUGUCCGUGUCAGCCGUGAGCUCGCUGGGCACACAGGCUACUUGUCCUGCUGUCGUUUCCUGGAUGAUAAUCAGAUCGUCACCAGCUCUGGCGACACCACUUGUGCUCUCUGGGACAUAGAAACUGGUCAGCAGACAACCACAUUUACUGGGCACACUGGAGAUGUGAUGAGUUUGUCCCUUGCCCCUGAUGCCCGGUGUUUUGUUUCUGGUGCCUGCGAUGCCUCUGCCAAACUGUGGGAUGUUAGAGAAGGAAUGUGCCGGCAAACCUUCACCGGCCACGAGUCAGACAUCAACGCCAUCUGUUUCUUCCCCAAUGGCAACGCCUUUGCCACGGGCUCGGACGACGCCACGUGCCGGCUCUUCGACCUGCGGGCUGACCAGGAGCUCAUGGUUUAUUCCCAUGACAACAUCAUCUGUGGCAUCACCUCCGUAGCAUUUUCCAAGAGUGGCCGCCUGCUCCUAGCUGGGUAUGAUGACUUCAACUGCAACGUGUGGGACACGCUGAAAGCUGAUAGAGCAGGUGUCCUUGCUGGUCACGAUAACCGUGUCAGCUGCUUAGGUGUGACUGAUGAUGGCAUGGCAGUGGCAACAGGGUCAUGGGACAGCUUCCUCAAGAUCUGGAACUGAACUAGAUGUUUCUGUGUGCCAGAAGAGCAGCGGACUCCACGACUGGAAGAAGUUUCCAACGGUUGAAAAUUAAAAAUGAUAGCAUAUCCAAUCCAACCAUACUAACUUGGACCCCCAUCCUCCCCAACUUCAAAGGGCAAGAUCUUCUCCGUCUCCUGUUGCUGAAAUGAAGAGCACAAUUACCUUUCCAAGAAGAAUUUCUGUGUUGUAAGCAAAAUGAAAUUGUGCAUUCCUUUUGGGACCAUUUUUUUUGUCUUGAGAAUUUAAAAACAAAUGAAACACUAUCAUAAAAAGCAUGACCAGAAAAUAAACUUGAGCAUAAUUGUGAAACAGUUAGCUUUCACUGUAGUUUCCAAGUUGAAGUUAAGGACUUUAUCUCACACACUUGCAAAUUUUAAAGUCAUGUUUGUAGCAGGAUUUUUUUCAAGUUUCCUUUUUAAAUACAUUUCCUUAUGUAUUUAAUUGAGCAAAACAAGGGAGUCCUAGCCCAGAGCACCUAGGGGUUGUUAACGCUGUAAAUUUAGUCCCUAAUUUUUUUUAUUUUUAUUUUCUAGUAUCACAGAUAAUUGUUGCACAAAACUUGGCAUAUAUAGGAUAAUGUUAAGCAGUAAGGUAACCAAGCACAUGCUGUAAAAGGUAAUGAAUGCUUGUUUAAAGAAUCCUUUCACCUUUUAUGGAUUACAAAUGCAAUCCUUGGUCCCUCCUGCCGCCCCUUUUUCACCACACUGAUUUUUUUAAUCUGUUUUGGUUUGUCCACUUGGAAGGGCAGUUUAUAUAUCCUAACACUAUCCUAUAAGUCUCAACAACCAGGAAUCUCUGUUUUCAAAAGAGACCUAUCCUACACUUGGGUAUUGAGUCAAUUCUUUGUGUAUGAAAUGAUGUACAAAUCAAUGUUUUGAAAAUAAUGAUCUUGAACUUUCUAAGUUAAACAGAAAAAAAAAAACCUUUUUUGAUUGUUUGCCAUAUUGGGUGGGUUUACUCUUAGAAUCGCAUGCUGUAGAAAUGCUAAAAAGUGCAUAUUGGACUAAGUCCUUAGAUGUUUUUUCUUUGAAGAAAUAACCUGUUUAAAAACUGUAACCAUUGUCGCUGUAUUCAUUUAUUGUUGCUACUCUGUGCAUAAAUCUAUGAAGAACUCCAGUACAAAGCUAUGCACGUUUUGGAGUAGCGUGAUAAGUCACUUUUUUUUUUUUUAAAAAAAAAAAAAAAAAA